AUGUCAAGGAAUGUAGCAGCUUCUGUCCUUCGAAGGGCUCUUCUCUAUGUACCAUCAUCCUCGCCCAAAUUCUUAGAGAAAUCCCGAGGUUUAAAAGUCGAUAGUAUUGCCUAUGAUUUAGAGGACUCGGUGACUUUGGAGAAUAAACAGAUGGCAAGGAAGAACAUAGUAGAUUUUCUUAAGGGUGAAAGACCAAAAGAUGUAGGAGAAAUAGCUGUGCGAAUCAACUCAGUAUCAUCAGGUCUAGCUCUUCAAGAUCUUACUGAAGUUCUCAAAAGUCAACACCUUGACACUCUCGUAAUACCCAAAGUAAAUUCACCAUCAGACCUCCACUUCAUAAACGAUAUUCUUCGUCAUACUCUCCCAUGGCGACACCCAUCUACUUCAUCAGCCACUUCAAAUCCUGUCAAAAUCCUCGCUCUAAUAGAAUCCGCACGAUCCAUCGUAAAUCUCACCUCAAUUUGUCAAGCAUCUCCCUACUUACACGGCCUUAUUUUCGCAGCCGAAGAUUUCUCCUUAGAUUUAAAUAUCACACGAACACCCAGUCUAGACGAAUUCUCCUAUGCAAGAAGUCAUAUAGCAACCUGUGCACGAGCAUUUAAUCUUCCAUCCACCAUUGACUUGGUAUGUACUUCAUAUCGAGGAAAUGAAGGAAAAGCACGAUUAGAGGAGGAAUCUCUUCAAGGGAAAGGCCUAGGUUUUAAUGGAAAACAAUGUAUUCAUCCUUCCCAAGUGGAUAUUGUUCAAAAAGCAUUUGCCCCUGCAGAGGGAGAAAUAGAAUGGAGUGUACGAGUAGUGAUUGCGGAUAAGAAGGCAGAGAAGAAAGGGAAAGGAGCGUGGACUUUAGAUAAUAAAAUGAUAGAUGCACCGGUUUCUGGUAAGGCGAGAGAAGUACUUAAGAAGGCUGAAUUGUGUGGAUUUGAUGUCGAGGCUAUGAUGGAGAAAUGGAAGGAUCAAGAACCGGAGUGA